GCUUAGUCACGGUGAGUACAGCUUUCCCCCCACCUUCCUAUGUGGCGUAUAGCUCGGCAGACCGCGAUGGAGGAAUUGAACUAGACAACUUGUCAGUUGAGCCAAAGCUUCCUGGUAAACACAGCGGUGCAAACAAAUUCCAUAGACGGGACAACCUCGAGGAAGGAGUCUCCGGAGAAAGCCACCGAACACCUCACCCAUUCCCAAGGGUUCCAACUUACGCUUACGACACUUUUGGCACUUGACCCUGUUUUUGUUUCUUUUUUUGUCCUUUCAGAGUUGACAAGCCUUCUCCUGCCUCAUCUAGAGUAUCUGAAUCCGCAGUGUAGCACUCUGAAGGGAGCUUUAAUUAUUACCUCUUUUUCAUAGAUGAAGCAGUAAGUCUGACUCUUAUUUUCCCUCUCUAGAGUACUCAAUAUGCAAGACUGAGCAGCACCUGUGGUGAAUCUGGCAAGCAUUUAGAUUAAUGUUCAAUUCCUUUGACUCUUGCACUUGUUCAUAAAAACAUUCUGUACCUCCUUAUUCUGUUUAUUAUUAACCCCUCCGCCAAAGCCAGAAGAAUCCUGAACUCAAGACAUUCUGAUUAUGUUGGAACUGCAACAUGUAAGAGUACAACCAGCUAUGACUGGCAGCUCACAUAGAAGUCUCUGGUAAUGCCAUAACGAGCAGAAUGUCUGGACUCAAGUACUGAACAGAGCAAGGAAAUCCUCCAUUUCCACAUUAAUCCGACUUAAAUGUGAACUCUUCCACACAAACAAAAAUUAGGCUUACCCAGGAGAGCCCGGAGCUUUCUGUUAAGCCGUGUGCCAAGUGUUGGUUCAAACUUCGUCUUUUAUUUCACCCACGCCUGCGCAUGGUGCGAGGAUGCCCCAUAACACCGCCUGCUUUUCUUGAGAAAGAGACCAGGAAGGAGGAGACAGGGUAGGAAAUGACCGAGUGCAUGACAGAAUGCAAAGCGCUGGUGACUCCGUCCACGCGCAACGGCCACCGUGUCUUCAGCUACACGCUAGAGAGCCACACGGCGGCCGCCUUCGCCAUCAUGAACGAGCUGCGCCUGGAGCGUCAGCUGUGCGACGUCACGCUGCGCGUGCGCUACAAAGACCUGGAGGCGGUGGAUUUUGUGGCUCACAAGGUGGUGUUGGCCUCCUCGUCCCCGGUCUUCAGGGCCAUGUUCACCAACGGCCUGAAGGAGUGCGGUAUGGAGUCGGUGCCCAUCGAGGGGAUCCAUCCCAGGGUUAUGGACCGACUAAUAGAGUUUGCCUACACAGCCAGCAUCUCUGUGGGGGAGAAGUGUGUGAUUCACGUGAUGAACGGUGCGGUCAUGUACCAGAUAGACAGUGUUGUCAAGGCCUGCUGUGAUUUCCUCGUCCAGCAGCUCGAUCCCAGCAACGCCAUCGGCAUCGCCAAUUUUGCCGAGCAGAUCGCUUGCACAGAGCUCCACCAGAAGGCCCGUGAAUAUAUCUACAUGAACUUCAGCCAGGUGGCAACCCAAGAGGAGUUCUUCAACUUGUCCCACUGCCAGCUGGUCACCCUCAUCAGCCGCGAUGAGCUCAAUGUGCGCUGUGAGUCCGAAGUCUUCCAGGCAUGUGUGGCCUGGGUGCGCUACGACCGGGAGAACCGGCGACCGUAUGUCCAGGCUUUACUCCAGGCUGUCCGCUGCCACUCCCUCACCCCCAACUUCCUGCAGGCCCAGCUCCAGUCUCUGGACUGGGACCCCCAGUGUAAAGACUACCUGGCCCAGAUCUUCCAGGACCUCACCCUCCAUAAACCCACCAAAGUAAUUUCUUGCCGAACGCCCAAGGUGCCGCAGCUCAUCUACACAGCAGGGGGUUAUUUCCGUCAGUCUCUCAGCUACCUUGAGGCGUAUAAUCCCUGUACAGGAGCCUGGCUGAGGCUGGCUGACCUGCAGGUACCACGCAGUGGCCUAGCAGCCUGUGUGAUCAGUGGGCUUUUCUACGCUGUUGGUGGAAGAAACAACGCGCCUGAUGGCAACAUGGACUCAAAUGCAUUGGACUGCUACAAUCCUAUGAACAACUGCUGGCUGCCGUGUGCACCGAUGAGCGUUCCCAGGAACCGAAUCGGAGUUGGUGUUAUCGAUGGCAUGAUAUAUGCAGUUGGUGGAUCACAUGGGUGCAUUCAUCACAAUAGUGUUGAAAGGUAUGAUCCAGAAAGGGACCAGUGGCACCUGGUAGCCACCAUGUUGACGCGGCGCAUCGGUGUGGGUGUUGCGGUCAUCAACCGGCUGCUUUACGCCAUAGGGGGAUUUGAUGGGGCCAACCGGCUCAGCUCCUGUGAGUGCUACAACCCUGAGAGGGACGAGUGGAAGACCAUGGCCCCUAUGAACACUGUGCGCUCCGGAGCUGGUGUGUGCACACUGGGGAAUCAAAUCUUUGUGAUGGGCGGCUACGAUGGCACUAACCAGCUGAACACGGUGGAGCGCUAUGAUGUGGAAACUGAUACAUGGACCUUUGCUGCCUCCAUGAGGCACCGACGCAGUGCUCUGGGAGUCACUGCGUUACAUGGACUCAUCUAUGUAUUGGGAGGUUACGAUGGAAACACUUUCCUGGACAGUGUGGAGUGUUAUGACCCUGAGAAGGAUACCUGGUCGGAGGUGACACACAUGACGUCAGGGCGUAGCGGUGUGGGUGUGGCCGUUACCAUGGAGCCAUGCCAGAAAGAACUGCCACAGUGUCACACGUCUGAGAGCGAGAGCGGUGCUGCCUCAGCCUAUCAGUCCGCCAACUCCGGUUUUAGCUCUUACCACAAUCAGCGGCACGGAGGGCCCUACGGCAAAGGCGCAUGAGGCUCAUCGCUUGACCAUGUCUCACACACACGCGCGCACACACAGACGAGCGCCCCAAAACUCCACUCUGUCUUCCCAAAUCAAAAGAAAGCCCCUCAAAACUGAUUAUAGACAGGGGUGAGCUAAAACGCCACGUGCUGCCUGACUGGUUCUAGAGAUCACACUUGAUGUAAAAGCAAAAAAACUAAAUCUGGAACACUUUAUUUUAAAAGUGCAGUAUUGAUAGUAAUCUAUAAGGUGACAAAAAACUAAUUUGAGUAUCUGCACUAUCCAAAUCAAGUAUGACCCCAGAUCCUACAGUCCACUUUUCUAGACCUGAAAUUUGAUUAAUUUGUUUGGUGAAUUGUGUUCCGCCUGUCUGUGUUUUCAGAUCUGGGAACUGAAGUUAUCAGUCAGACCAUCAUCUCCCAGGUUUGAGCCAUGGGAGGAAAGGGCUGCAUACUAAAAGGAUCCAUUUACUGGCUCGAAGAGUCAUCAGGGGCUCUUUACACUUCAAGCAAAAGUUAAAUCUGAGGGGGGGGGGGGAUAAUUCAAAUGAUCCCAUUUAUAUAACUAAAAAAGACCCAAAAAGUAGCAUUUGUUAACAAAGGCAGUAGAGUUCAAAGUGCCAUUACAAUGCCUGUGGGCAUUACUCUCAUCAGUAUAUUGACUUAAGGGUGCUUUGAUGGAAAGGCACUGACAGUCACUGUGGUGUGUAGAAAUUGGUCAAGUUAACCCAGACAGCCACAAGAUGAAGCUUAUACAUGAGAAUGGGCCUCAUGCAAGAACAUUUACUUUUUGUACUUGUUUUUCCUGUACGUAGUCGGGCUCAACAGAUGUACAUGGCUGGGAUGUCCCUCCUCCCCUCUGCUAUUAAUUUUGCAAGGGCACUGCACUGCAUCUGGGGCUUAGCACCGCCCAGGAUGGUUGUGAUUGGUUUAAAGAAAUACAAACAAGCCAGAGCAUUUUUUUUUUUCGCCUUAUCCCAGAAUAGAUACGCGUGUAGCCAGACCAUAGUUGAGCACUGGCACAGCGCUGUGGAGGUAGGUCUGGCAAUGUGAGACACAUGUAUGUGUUCAAAGUCAGAUUCAGCAAACUCUCUUAACUGCACAAACUUAAAGACGAAUGAAUGCCUCCUGUUCAUUUGUGAGGUUUUAUAACUAGCAUAAUCAACCCACCCAAAUUGCUAUAUGAGGCGACUUGUUCAGCUCUUUUUGUGGGCAAGUUUCAUUCACAAAAUAAUCACCAGGAGUAAAACAAAGAAUUUCACACUGGAGUUUCAUGUCCUGAUGUUGGAAAUCAGACGAUUGCAUAACAAAUUUAGCAGUGUCUCUAGUUGUGUUAGUGGACCCGGUUUGAUUAUAGAUUUAAACUCCAAAAGCAAAGUAGUCCAUGCCUAAAAUGAGAAGUGGCGGUCAGGGGAGCAUGGCACUCAUAGAGAUGGACGAGAGUAUAUAUUCCUUUUUAAACAGAAGGUGAGGUUACCCUGUUGGGUGUUCUAACAGAGGGUGUUCACCUGAAAAGUGACCUGCAUAAAUACCCUGAGGCAUCUGUUGGAGGGUUUUUAGAGCAACUGCUGAAUUGUAUUGCAAGUUGUCAUUUCAAAAUAUGGCAGUGAAAUCCCAACAAAAAAUAUGUUGAUUUCAGUAACACGCAUACCUGUACUUGGCUUAUAUGACAUGCCUGGACCACCCAUGAUUUUUGUUCAUACUUUUAAAAAUUGGUAAUUUCCACACUCUCUUAAAUCACUCUGUCUAUUUUAAGAUUUAAUCUGUUCAUAAGAGUGGUUCUUGCAUGAGGCCCAAAGUCUCAAAUUCAAGUGCUGGUUCAAGCGAAGCAGGACCUUGUAAUAACUGCAUUGUAACAAAUGUGUUCUUUCACUAAUAGCCACUAGAAGGGCAGAAAAAGGGCGAUUUCUUUCGGGACAGGUAUUGGCAAAUGAUUUGUGUUUUGCUACUUAUAAGGCUGUUGGAGAGUCUCGUCCAGUAUAAAUGGUGUGUGGAGUGCCAAGAGAAAGAAGAUAUGGGUUUUGACUAUGUUUAGAGGAAACAGAAUACUGUAGCAUUUUAAAAACUUCGAUUCAAACAUCUCACUGUAUGUGUUUUUAUAAAAACGCUAAACUUUGAUUCAAACAUCUCACUGUAUGUGUUUUUAUAAAAACGCUAAUUACUGACACAAUUAAGAACCUCCCCCUACAGUUGACUUUUUUGGGUUUCCACUUACACCAGACCUCAGAAACAGAAGUGACCAUGUUUGUGCAUUAAUGUUCAGAUAUUGUACGCUACUGACAACUUGCUUGAAGAAGUGUAUUUGUAACAGCAAUUUAAGCUACAAAGGUUUUUAAGUGAUGUUUUGUACAUUGGUAUUCUAAGAAGUCUUGUACAGAAUUUCAGAGCUCACUUUUUUUAUUUAUUUAGGAUUCUUUUGCUUUUCUUGUUCCUCUAAACUGACAUCAGCUUUGUAUUGAAUUGGACUCUGGUGUUGUGUUUUUGAAUAACUAGCAUGCAUUGUAACUAAGUAGAAAUGCCUGUUAAUGCUAUUUUUGGAUGUUUGUAAAAAAAAUUGCUUCACUUCUAAAGGGACUUUUUUUUUCUGUCCAUCAGUAGUUGGAAUGGAAAUUAGAAUAUUUAAGGUCUGCUUUGUACAUUUCUUUUCCAGCAAAAAAUACCCUGUACAAUAAUUCAUUGUAAAGUAAAAUAUAUGUUUAUUGUAC